GUAUAUCUUGACUUUCUUCGCAAUGAAUGUUGCCUUUUGUCAAACCAGAAGCAUACGUGGUUGCGCAUCGCGCUGAUGGCGAGGUAUCGUCAUCCAGUGUAUUACGAAUACCAUACAGUCACCUUACGCCUCACCUCAUCCACAUCCACCGUCCUUUCCUACUAGCUGGUACCACUUUACUAGCAGUACUUUCUCCAUACUGUGGAUUAAUCACACAUACCUAAGCCACCCAGUAAUGGUACGGAGGACAAAGUAGCACAC